GAACACGUUGGCUCCUCCGGGGAGAACGGAGGUUUGAAGGGGAGUGUGAAGUUUAGGGAAGAGCCCUCUUCUGCUGCUGACGCGGAUGGGACUGUUUGAGCAACGACGCCGAGGACCACCGAAUUCCAGUCAUGUUAUCUUGGAUUAAAAGUGUUUGGACCAUUUUAGCGGUAGCACAAUGUUACUUUUCAGAGGGAAACUAUACUGAAGAGUCAAAGACGCAUCCGCCCACAGUCGUUAUAGCAAUCAUAGCACGGAACGCCGCUCAUUCUUUACCCUACUACCUCGGAGCCCUCGAGAGAUUAAACUAUCCUAAAGAGCGCAUCUCUAUCUGGUUGGCGACAGACCACAACAUUGACAACACAACAGCAGUCCUGCGAGAAUGGCUCACAGUCAUGCAAACACAGUAUCACUAUGUGGAGUGGAGACCUUUAGAUAAACCCGUAUCCUAUGUAGGUGAGCUGGGGCCCAAGCACUGGACUAAUGACCGCUAUGAGUAUGUUAUGAAGCUCAAACAGGCAGCGCUGGACUUUGCCAAGGAACGCUGGGCUGACUACAUUCUGUAUUCAGACGCAGACAACAUCCUGACUAAUCCAGACACACUGCAUCUCUUGAUGUUGGAGAAUAAGUCAGUCAUUGCCCCCAUGCUGGACUCACAGUCAGGCUACUCCAACUACUGGUGUGGCAUCACUCCACAGGGUUACUAUCGUCGUACUGCUGAAUACUUCCCCACAAAACAGCGGCAAAGGCUGGGCUGCUACCCUGUGCCGAUGGUCCACUCCACUAUUCUGCUGGACCUGCGCAAAGAGGACACCAAGAAAGUGGCCUUUCACCCCCCUCACAAAGACUACUCCUGGCCCUUUGACGACAUCAUCGUUUUUGCCUUCUCCUGCAGGAUAUGGGAGGUGCAGAUGUAUCUGUGCAACAAGGAGCGUUACGGGUAUCUGAACGUACCUGCAAAGCCUCAUCAGACCGUGGAGGACGAUCGGAUCAAUUUUGUCCACCUUUACCUGGAAUCUCUGAUCCACGGGCCGCCAAUGUAUGUGUCUCGCCAUGUCCACGUUCCUCCCAAACAGUCUGAUCUCAUGGGCUUUGAUCAGAUCUACCUGAUAAACCUGCGCAGACGUCCAGACCGCAGGGACAGGAUGUUACGGUCACUGUAUGAGCUAGAGAUUGAUGCUAAAGUUGUGGAUGCUGUUGAUGGAGCAGCUCUGAACAGCAGCGAUAUUAAGAUUCUAGGUGUUGAUCUCUUACCUGGUUACUACGACCCUUUCUCCGGCCGCACGCUGACCAAGGGAGAGGUGGGCUGCUUCCUGAGCCACUACAACAUCUGGAAAGAGAUGGUAGACAUGCAGCUAGACAAGGCGCUGAUUUUUGAGGACGAUGUGCAUUUCCAAGUCAACUUCAAACGUCGCCUGAUGCGUCUGAUGGAGGAGGUGGAGCAGGUGGAGCUGGACUGGGACAUCGUAUACCUGGGCAGGAAGAAGGUGUACCCUGAAGAGGAGGUCCCAGUGGAGAAUGUGAGGAACCUGGUGUACGCUGAUUUCUCCUACUGGACGCUCUCUUACGCCAUCUCUCUUCAGGGAGCUCAGAAGCUCCUCAACGCCGAGCCGAUAUCCAAGAUGCUUCCUGUGGAUGAGUUUCUCCCCAUCAUGUAUGAUAAGCACCCAAAUGAGGACUACAAAUCCCAUUUUCCCAAUCGGAAUCUGAAGGUGUAUUCCACACACCCCCUUCUGGUGCAGCCCUGCCAUUACGCCGGUGACCCGGAGUGGGUGAGCGACACAGAGACCUCUACGCUGUGGGAUGACGACAAUGUGCGCACGGACUGGAGGGGCUCGCAUAAAACUCUCAAGGGCUCUCAGCCACCGGCCGGCCUGCAGAGCGCCACCCACAAGGACGAGCUGUGAAGUACUGCCCCAAAGCCACAGACAUGAACGAGUGAGCAGCUGUCCCUCAUCACGGAGACCUCAGACCUGUGGAAGAGACGAGGGAGGCCUGGGACCAAUCCUUAGGAGGAGACUACCACUCGUUUUUUCUUGUUUUCCAGUAACAAUA